AGGAGAGAUGAUGUGAGGACAGGGGAAGACCGGAGGAGCAGCACGAUAAAAGCUGAGAAAUGACUGCGCCAGAAAGGACGAAAAAAGAUGAAACGUUAAACAGCAGCGUCAACGCGAUGCGCCGUCCUGCCUGCUGCCUGCAAACCAGUAAUGCAUGAAGAGCAUCCCGGAUAAAGUGUGAUCAGAAUGUCAUCUCCUGGAAUGGGGACCCCAAGCGACCCCCUGCUGUCCAGUCCUGUAGGGGGGAAGUUCGGGUCUGCUCAGGAUGCCACUUGGAGACCCACUUUAUCCAAAACCUCCAGUUUCCCAACAUCCACCACACGGCACCUCAGUCACAGAGCCAACAACUUCCAGAGGCACCCGAAGCGCCGGAAACUGAUUCGACCGUCCCCUCCACCUCCGCCAAACACACCAUGCCCCCUGGAGCAGCUGGAUCUGAGUGAACUACCCCCAAGACGCACUUUCCCUGAACUUCUCUUCAACGGCUGCAUUCUGUUCGGGAUCGAGUUCAGCUACGCGAUGGAGACGGCAUACGUCACACCGGUGUUACUUCAGAUGGGCCUGCCGGACCAGUUCUACAGCCUCGUUUGGUUCAUCAGUCCCAUUUUAGGAUUCCUCCUUCAGCCGAUUCUCGGGGCCUGGAGUGACAGAUGUACAUCUCGCUUUGGUCGCAGGAGACCUUUUAUUUUUGCCCUGGCCAUCGGGGCUCUGCUGGGUCUAACACUGGUGUUGAAUGGAAGAGACAUUGGAUUUGCGCUGGCCGACACCACCCUGGAUCAUAAGUGGGGGAUCGUGCUGACGGUGUGCGGUGUGGUGCUGAUGGACUUCAGUGCAGACUCAGCCGACAACCCUAGCCAUGCCUACAUGAUGGAUGUGUGCAGCCCAGAGGACCAGGACAGGGGCCUAAAUAUACACGCGCUUCUGGCAGGUCUCGGUGGAGGCUUCGGCUACAUAGUGGGUGGCAUCAACUGGGACAAAACUGAGUUCGGAAGGACAAUGGGUGGCCAGCUCCGCGUCAUAUACCUGUUCACCAGCAUUACCCUGGCCGCCGCCACAGCCAUGACUCUCACCAGUAUCCCAGAGCGGCCUUUACCCCAAUCCCAACCUCAAACCAGAAACACUCGAAACCUGAAGAGCCCCAAUCUCCCUCUGCCACCAUCCCCACCACCGCCUCCUGGAGCUGCUGCCGAACAAGAUGAAGAGGAUGAUGAAGAAGCCCUAUAUAACAGCCAGUUCUCCAAUUGCCGCAACCCUGAUCUUUUCGGCCGUUCCAGCAGCGCAAACGCACGUUUAUACGCAGGCCUCACCAGCCCAAUCUCCCCUCUCAGUCCUUUGACACCCAAAUAUGGCAGCUUUAUAAGUCGAGAUAACUCACUCACGGGCAUUAAUGAGUUCGCAUCCUCUUUAGGCACCUCCUAUAUAGACAGAGUAUUAAUUGAAUGUUACACCGGACAGCAGACGCCGCAGCCAAUGGAAUGCGAGGCUGUUGCCGUGGCUCCGCCUCUUCCACCGGGAGACACGCCCCCUCAUCAAGGGCAAAGUGAAACACUUGAAGUUGCACAGCAGAUAAAGGUUUCGCAGCCGAAUGGAGAGCUGGCGACGGAUGCGUUGCAGGCCGAUGAGCAAAAACAAGCCAUUGAGUGUGACGAGCAGCAGAAUGAAGCAGCGUCAGGCUCUCAGAGAGGCAGUAGCUCAGGGAUACUGAAGAGGCCACAGAGUCUGGCCUUAAUGGAGGAUCCGCUGAUCGCUCCGAGUGUUGGUUUGGACAACGGUCGCAGACGCACUGUCACCUUCAGUCAACAGGUGGCCAAUAUAUUGCUGAAUGGCAUGCGUUAUGACAGUGACCUCAGUGGCAACCAUGAAGCGGCAGAUUCUCAGAUGUCAAUAAAGCUGCUCUGUACUGCCAUCUACAGGAUGCCUCCUUGUUUACGAAGCCUGUGCACCAACCAUUUCCUGGGUUGGUUAUCGUUUGAGGGGAUGCUGCUCUUCUACACUGACUUCAUGGGGGAGGUGGUGUUUGGUGGAGACCCGAAGGCUCAUCAUGAUUCAGAGGAGUACAAGCGCUACAAUUCUGGCGUCAGCAUGGGCUGCUGGGGCAUGUGCAUCUAUGCAUUUAGUGCUGCUUUUUAUUCAGCCAUUCUGGAGAAGCUGGAGGAGCGUUUCUCCCUGCGUUCUCUGUAUUUUUUCGCCUAUCUGGCCUUUGGUCUGGGCACUGGACUGGCCACCCUCUCCACCAACCUGUAUGUGGUGCUGUCUCUCUGCGUCACCUACGGCGUCCUCUUCUCUUCGCUCUGUACGCUGCCUUACUCUCUGCUCUGCGAAUACUACCAGAGCCCACAGUUCUGCGGCUCCUCGGAGGACGGCACCAGGCGUGGGAUGGGGGUGGACAUUUCCCUGCUCAGCUGCCAGUAUUUCCUUGCACAGAUCCUGGUGUCGGUGGCGAUGGGCCCGCUCACGUCGCUGGUGGGGGGGGCCCAGGGCGUGAUGUACUUUUCGAGUCUGAUGUCAUUUGUGGGGUGCCUGUACUCCUCACUGUGUGUGGUGUACCAUCUGCCACCACCCGAGGGUGAGCCUCCCCAGAGCGAGACGCAGCCACUGCUGGUGCACAUUUAAAUCCGCUCUCUCACAACAUACACAGAUACUCAGGGUCCAAAAUUAACACUCUGCAAGCACCACAGACAGCUUUUGACUUUCCUUAAUGGAUGCCUUUCACAUUUCCGGGUCUCUCAGUAGCGUAAGUCAUCAUAGUUGGGUAAACUUAGAGCGCAGUAAAUGGGAAGAGUACAACAAAUAUUAUUUACAAUCCCAUUUGCUGAAAUAAUAAAAGAAAAACUCCAUGAUGGUGUUAACAAGACUUUCAAAAAAAAAGUAAAAAUUGUGUGAGACUGAUAACGGCAGACAGAAGAGAAAAUAACGUCAAAUUUACUGUCCUGCCCUCAUAGACGCUGCAUUAGAAACGCAUAAGCGUUAAUUAUUUUUUUGUAAUUUGAUGCAAAGAUGGCAUAAUACAUACAUAAAUACAUAUAAAUGUUUAAGACGCUUGGUAAAUGCAUCAGAAA